AUGGAAGCCUACGUGCGCGAGCUCGCUCGCUUCCUCGGCUCCCCCGAACGCUACCAGGCCGCUAGGUCCCUCCGCCUCGAGUUCUACGUCACGCCGCCGGAGGAACAACACAAGGAUGCCGCUUCUACCGCCGUCGGGAGGGCCAUGGCAGCGUGCCUCACUUCAGCCUUGCGCUGGCCCCAGCUCGAGCGCCUCGCCAUCUACGCCUUCCCACGCGGCGUGGCGGCGGCGUCCGGGGCCCACGAAAUCUCGGACCCGGAGUUCAUCGAGGCGCUGCGGCUGAUGGACAGCCGCCUCGCGACCCUUCACGUCAAGAACUGCCUGACGAAGAGCGGCGGUGGCUACGGGCUGCUGUUCCCCGCCCUGUCGAGGCUCACCAUCGAGAUCACGCCGGGGGUCAAGGCUGUCUUCCCGAGGAGCUACUUCAACGACCUCCUACAAUCGUGCCGUGACCUCGUAUUCCUGCGCCUUGUGUCGUGCAACUUCGCUGGCAGCGUCGAGGCACUGCCGUUCAAGCUGCACCUGUUGCCGGCGUCGAAGCUCGGGGAGCUCGUCUUGUCGGCCUGCAAUUUCCAGGACGUCAGACUCGUCAACACGCCGAGCCUGGAGAGGCUGCUGAUCCACAAGCGCGAUCGGCUCUGCCUUACUGUCGACAACGCCCCAAGGCUGGCGACCCUGGUAGCGGCACCAUGGAUAUACGGUAGCGGCACGGCAAGGACCCUCCGGUUCGUGGAGUUGAGCUCUUUGAAUUCCAGGCAGAGCCAGGAGAGACUGGAAUCCUUCUUCCAGUGCAUUCCUAAAGUUGAAGUGCUGGAACUAUGCUUCCGGGAUGGAUGGGUAAACGGGAUGAGGUAA